CCCUUAAGCGUAACUGCUGCCGGAGCUGGCGUUUUUUAAACGGAACGGAUUGUCCUUAACAACGUAAUAAAUCACCAUGGACGGCAGAGGCUACGGUUCAGGUUACUCCAGUUGGGGCGGUGGCGGGUCAGGCAGCAGAGGUUCAGGUGGCUUUGACCUGUAUGGUGGUGGUUACAAGGACUCAAUGUCUGGGCUUGGGGGCUAUGGGGGAGGAGGAGGAGGAGGCCACAUGAAGAGAGGUCUCUCAGGAGCGUCCCUGCUCUCAUCCACAGGCACACAUGCAGAUGCAGUCAUUGCCAAGAUUAACCAGCGCUUGGACAUGCUCACUCAGUUGGAGGGGGGGUUGAAAGGGUCUCGAGGUGACAGGUAUGACCACUACGAGUCAUUCGACUCGCGCACCUCUGCUCUCACCUCCUCCCGAGAUCUCUACAGAUCUGGCGGCAGUAGCUAUGGUUAUGGCAAUGGCCGUGAGGACAACAUGCUGAUGAGUCAGCGAGGAGGCUCGGGCUUCGGAGGGGGAAUGGGGCUAGGGGGAGGAGGAGGCUUUGACAGCCCCUCCUCUUCCUAUGGAGUCGCUAAAAUGCGACAGAAUAUGAGGGAGCCCUUCAACAGUGGCCAGGGAGGAGGUUCUGGAGGUGGAGGAUGGGCCGGAGCAGGCCGACGUUCCCCCAGAAGGGGUGGAAGUACCGGGGGUCGAGGAGCUGGAGGAGGGUUUGGAAACCGCAGGUCUGACCCCACUCCAUUAGGCGGAGGCGGACGGGGAAGUGGUAGCGGUGGCCAGUCCCACCGCGGCCACUCUCCAGGAGGUGGUAGAGGCAAGCUCCCAUCCCUCCUGUCUAACCGCAUGUACCCUGAGAGUGGGGGCUUCCAUCAGGGUUCCACUCAAGGGCCUCACGACUUUCCUGGGAGGCAUUUUGGAGGGGGCCCACGGGCUGGCCGCCAGCGAGGCCGCAAGAGACCCCUCAACAAACAAGUGAAGCCACAGCGGGAUGUCCAGAAAAAGAGAAAGCAGACUCCCAGUGAAGCUGAUGAGCCUGAGUCAAAGAUGAACAAGACGGAGACUGCUGGGUCAGAGGAUACUCAGGAGCAACCUGAGAAAAAUGGUGACGGCAAUGAACCAAAAACUGAAGCUGCAGAGACAAAACCUGAUACAGAUGGAGAUCAAGCUUCACCCAAACAGGAGGAGAAGAAAAGUCCACAAGGCAAACAGACCUCAACCCCAAGUCAGGAGAGACACCCAAAAAUGAGGAAGAGGAGGGGCUUCCUGGAAAGGGUGAUGUUUGCCUGCUCUGUGUGCAAGUUCCGUUCGUUCUACAAGGAGGAAAUGGAAACUCAUCUUGAGAGUCGCUUCCACAAAGACCACUUCAAGUUUCUUUCGGGCCAGCUGUCCAAGCCCACUACAGACUUCCUUCAGGAGUAUUUGCAGAACAAGUUCAAAAAGACGGAGCAGAGGGUAAGCCAGUUGGAAAACCACAGCGCUGCCAUCUGCCAGGUGUACAAAGAGCAGGACCUCACCAGAGAGCUCGGUAUGGAGCACUUCAUGAGAAAAGUUGAAGCCGCCCACUGUGCAGCAUGCGACCUUUUCAUUCCCAUGCAGCCCCACCUGAUACAGAAACACAUCAAGUCUCCAGACCACAACUACAACCGGAAGGGUAUGAUGGAGCAGUCAAAGAGGGCCAGUCUGUCAGUCGCUCGUAGCAUCCUCAACCACAAACUCAUUGGCAAGAAGCUGGAGAGCUACCUCAAGGGUGAAAACCCCUUCACUGGUAACCAAGACGACCAGGAUCAUGAGGACUCCAUGGUGAUGGACGUGUCUGGUAUGGACGUAACCGAGGAGACGGCAGACGGCCAGACAGAGGCAGCAGCAGUCAAGGACGAGUCUCUGGCUGAGGGGGAGACGAGCCACGAGGUGGUCGAGGGUGAAGAAGAAGAAGCAGCAGCAGCAAAGGAGGAAAAGAUGGAGGAGGAGCUGGGAAUGGAUGGAGAGGAGGGACAGGAGGGAGAAGAGGAACAGGGGGAUCUGGAAGAGGAGGAAGGUUUUGAAGUCGGAGAAGAGGGGGAGGAGGAAGAGGAGGGAUAUGUGGUGCACGAUGAGAUUGGCGAAGAGGGGUUACAGGCUGAGCUGGAAGACGAGGAGGGAUUAGAGGCAGCAGAGGCAGAGGAGGAAGGAAAGAAUGAUGAAUGACUUUUGCACCCUGUGUGUGUGACUCUUCGACCUUAACAUCUGUCAGGACCACUCGAUGCCCCCCCGAAAUCCCAUACAACCCACCUCAUUACCAGGCAUAUAAAAAAAAAAAAAAAACUAACACUUACCUCCCCCCCCUGUUUCCACUGUCUAAUUACUGAGUUUCAUUUCAUUUUUGUUAAAGUAAUAGCUCCCCAUUUUGGGAAAUACUCUUAUUCCUUUUGUUAAGUGAGAAGAAUAAAAAAGGGUUACACUAACUGAUGUAUGAUCACAACUCUCUUUGGAGGUGUAAAUAGACAGUAUUUCCCAAAACGUCAAACUAUUCCUCUUAAUGCUUUUUUGUGUGCCUUUCGUUUCUGGAUUAAGUUGUUUAGAAUUGUUUAAGAACUCUUGAGUAUUGUAAAGUUAAGAGAUAUUGUCCUUUUUUUUCUUAUCAGAGUUUACAUGAUGUCAUAGCUUUCUGUCCUUUUCCAGUAUUGAUGGUGAUUUUUUCCAACCUUUUGGUAAAAUCAAGAACAGGUAGGCUUUUUAUUCUACAGAUUGGGUGAUUGAGAUCAGCAAGGGGACUGUCUGUAGAAUAAGUGACAUAUUUCGAAUGGAUAUCAAUCACGUAACAAACUUGGUUCACUCUGAGUAAGAAAUAAACAUGUUGGAUAAAUCA